AUGGAAACUCAUUUUUCCUUUGGUUCACUAAUUGUAUCCUUAAUCUCUUUUAUCUUUGUAUUCAAAAUGUUGAUCAUACACAAAAAAAGUACAAAAUCAAAUAUUGCCCCUAGUCCAUCUUCACUUCCAAUAAUUGGCCAUCUUCAUUUACUCAAUGGACUUCUCCAUAGGAUUUUACAAAACCUUUCUUCCAAACAUGGUCCUAUUGUGGCUCUUCGGUUUGGAAACCGGCCAGUGAUAAUUAUAUCCUCACCAUCGGCAGUCGAAGAAUGUUUCAUCGAAAACGACAUUGUUUUAGCCAAUAGACCAUUGUUUCUAAGUGGCAAGUAUCUACACUAUGAUUACACAACAAUUGGUUUUGCACCAUAUGGUCAACUUUGGAGAGACCUUCGUCGAGUGAUGAAUCUUGAACUUUUUUCGACAACUAGACUCAAAUCUUACAUGGGUGUUCGAGAACAUGAAGUUAGAUCAUUUAUCAAGAAUCUUUAUCAAGAUAUAUUUGAAGAUUAUUUUACAAGAGUUGAAAUGAGGUCAAGAAUAGAAGCCAUUUCGUUUAACAUACUAAUGAUAAUCGUAGCUCAAAAACGUUACUAUGGAAAUGAAGUGGAUGAUUUUGAAGAAGCUAGUGAAUUUAAAGAUUUGACAAGAGAUAUGUUUGAAAUACUUGCUGAACCAAAUCCAGGAGACUUUGUCCCAUUUUUGAAAUGGAUUGAUUUUCGAGGUUUCAAGAAAAGGCUACUGGAAUUAGCACGUAAAUUUGAUAGCUUUUCGCAAAAACUGAUAGACGAAAUUAGGUGUAAAAGGCGUAGUUCGUUUUUAGAUCAAGAAAAGGGCAAGACGUUUAUUGACGCCAUGCUCUCUUUGCAGGAAUCGCAACUAGAAUACUACACUGACAAUAUAAUCAAAGGCAAUAUAAUGACAUUAUUACAAGCGGGAACCGACACUUCAUCGGUGACAAUAGAGUGGGCUAUGUCCCUUCUUUUGAAUCAUCCAAACGUCUUACGCAAAGCAAGAGCAGAACUCAAUAAGUAUAUUGGACACGAGCGUUUGGUACAAGAGGCCGAUCUUCCCAAUCUACCUUACCUCCAAUGCGUGAUCAACGAAACACUAAGAUUGUUCCCAUCUGCGCCACUAUUGGUGCCACAUGAGCCAUCAGAAGAUUGUACCAUUGGAGGGUAUAAUGUGGCCCGUGGCACAAUUGUGAUUGUGAACGCAUGGGCCAUUCAUAGAGACCCGGCUGUUUGGGAGGACCCAUUAAGUUUCAAGCCAGAAAGGUUUGAAAAUGUCGAUAAGGAAGGGUAUAGGUUUAUACCAUUCGGGAUGGGUCGUAGGCAAUGUCCAGGGUCAGGGCUUGCGGGUCGGGUUGUGGGAUUAACAUUGGCAUCUUUGAUACAAUGUUUUGAAUGGAAAAGGAUUGGUGAAGAGUUGGUGGGUUUGUCCGAAGGAAAUGGUUUAACUAUGCCCAAAAAAGAGCCAUUGCAGGCUAUGUGCAAAACGCGUAAAGAAAUGAGUCACGUUCUUAAAAACCUUUAG